AAUAACUGCCAAUAAGUACGAAUACAAGCAACUGCAAAGGCUGGUUUAUAAAACAACUGAAGAAGGACACAAAUACAAUCAUUUGCAGUGGCCAGAGUGAGGAGCCACAGUGGCAAAAACAGACACGGUGUUUAGUUUCAUGUACCAAGGGAUGGUUUGAAACUUGAAACACAGCUUUUGAAUGGAAAGCCUAAGUUAAUUUUAGCACCUUAUGAUGUUUCAUCAAAAGAAACUAAGAAGAUGAAGUACAAGAACAGGAUAAUCCAUCCACUGAAAUCGAAACAAAUUUUACAAGUGGCUUCACCUCAUGAGAACAAUUCCAAGAAUGAGAAGCCUUUGUUGAAACCUAUUGUAACCAACACUAGUGUGGCCCCUGGGAAAGGAGAAAGUACAGAACUCGUCACAGAAAAAAAGGCAGACGACAAAACUAAACGCAAUUGUGAAACAAUUUCCAAAAAUGGACAACCUGGAAUUAAAACUUCCGUGAAGAAACUUGGCAUAACGAAGCAACAGCCACCAAAGAAACAACAAAUCACAUCUGAUGAAUUAAGAGAGAAUUUGGUAUGUCUGACCCAGGAGCAACUUCAACAGAUUUUGGCAUCUGUAGGCCAAGCUAACAAAUCUUCCAACCAAAAGCAGGAAAGGGACAAAAGUACAAAGCCAGGUAAAGGAGCUAAAGAAACACAAGCAACAGAUGAGGAGCUGAAGGGGGAAAACCCAACCUCGCAGAAUGAAGUUGGCUGCAACAAUAACAAGGCCACACGGGGCAAUAGUUCAUGCCGGGAUUCACGGGCAUCCCAGACAUCUGGAGUAGUUGUUGCACAAGCAAACAUUGUACAAACUGAAAACACUGGUAAUAAGGCGCCUUUGAGCAGCGCCAUUCAAACGAAAGAUGGUCUUUUCGGAAACUUGGGAGAAAGAGAAAAUUCAAAAGAACAGCUGGAAGCCAAAAGAAUCCAGUGGAAAAAGGAAUUAGAUGAACAGGUGGCUUUAAAGAAACAACUACAGAAAAAUAAUGAAGUUUCAGAAUUUUCGGAAUGGAAUCCAUGGGGAAAGCGAGAUGCAGGGGCACCUGUGCGAUCCAACACAAAGAAAAUACUUGAAAACUUUAAAGGAAAGUCCCCAGCGAGUUCACCAGCUGCAACUGGUCCUCACGCUGAUGGUCGAGUGAUCAGCACCGCCCCCACUGUGACAAAUGCCCCAAAUACAGAUGUUGCUCCGGACGCUCUCAUUGGAAAAGCUUCAAGUUUUAGUUUGUCAGAUCUGCCUGCUGCCAUUCGUUCAGUCUUUGUCCUUGGGGAUUAUGCCCCACGCGACCAUCUUCUCAGUGCAAUCAAACGUGACCAGCAAAAAAAGUGGCUGCUAGAACUUGAUAAACAAAGGGAGGCGGACCAAAACAGGAGGCUGAAGGAAAAGUUAGAAUAUUCAGAGGGUGAUGAUCACAGCAGAUGGGCCAUGCACUUUGACUCUUACCAAAGGAAACUUCCCCAGCCGUCCCCAGUCUCUGUAAAUAUCCUUGGAUCAAUACUGGAAAAGUCAGCCGCAUCAGGGGACGGCCAAGCCAAUGUGCUGCAGCUGCUUCCUGCCCAGGCCUCUCCUCUACCCAUUCAACAUAGUGGUUCUGCUGGAGACGAUGCAGCGUUGAUGAAUGGUGACACUCCAUGUGAUCUGUCCAACGCACAAAAGUCAAGCUUCCUGCGAUCUAUGACCGCCUUGUUGGACCCCGCAGAAAUCGAGGAAAGAGAUUUGCGACGACAAAAACAACAAGAGCAUCAAAAGGCCAUAGCCCAGCAGGUGGAGGCGAAGCGGAGACUGAGACAGCUGGAAGAGGAUAACAAACGAAAAGAAGAACAAAAAGAGGAACAGCGGCUGGCAAAAGAGCGGGAAAAGUUGAGAGAACAGUACGAGGUGGAAACUCGAACACAACGGGGAAAGGAAGAGCUGCAAACCCAAAACACCAAUAGGCUUUAUGAAGCCGUGCAGAAGGCACAAGAGGAAGCAAAGAGGCAGAAGCAGGAACAGCGCAUUAAAGACUUGGUGCGCAAAGGACAUGACAUUUCAAAUUUGCAGAAGAGUGUGGAAGGUACAACACAUGAGAUGGGCACCUGUGAAAUAUAUAAUGAUCUUGUUUAUGAAACAGUUGACGAGGAGCUGGGACUAGACCCGCUGGAGGAGGAGUCUCCAAGAAAAGACAGGGGUAUUCAGACUGAGGACUUUGAGAUAAAUGGAAAAGCACAACGUACUAUGUACAACACACACAUUCGAGACCGUGGUCAGGUAUCCACUACAUCAAAUGCAGCUGCUGAACACAAUGAAUCCAACAACAUGUACGCCAAAAAGAAGUCCAAGCCAGCUGAAAAGGCACCGGUAACUGGAAAAGAAAAUUAUUUACAAAAUGAUGAUUUAUACAAUCAGUUUGCAAGAAUGAAGAAAGGAAAGAAUGAGAGACGGCCUGAAUGGAAUACAAACAUAACAAAUAAGAGGUAUGUGCCUGCUUCACUGCGGUACCCGAGAGUUAUGCAAGUGGAGAGGGAGGAGAAGAGAAUGAAGAGGCAGAUGGAGCUGUUGCAACUGUUGGAAAAGAACGUUCCGGAUCAAAGGCCGAAGAAAAAGCCAGCCACAAAGGAGCAGUCAUCCGAGCGCCUGUCCUCACCAGUGGUGCCAGCUCUACAGGCAAAACUACAACUGGCCACAUGCCCCCAGCCCCUGGACAAGCAAAGGCCAUUGGCUGUGAGGAAGGAAGUCCCGAUGAAAAGGAACACCUCCAAUCACAAACUACCCGUUGACAAAGAUUACAGGUGCAGAUCUCCACCGAUUCCAUCACUGAGAAACAAACAAUUGCAAAUGGAGCAGGAGCCACGGACAGUUGGCAAUCCUGCUCCUGGCGAAUGCUGUCAGUGGGCUCCAUUUGCCAAUGAGGCAGCCAGUGACUUUUUUCCAUAUGUGCGCACAGAUGAGGUGUACCACUUGGAUCCUGAUGCUCCUAUGUCAAGGCCUUCUACAGAUGACCCACAGUACAAGCGUUCUACUGUUACCGUUAUGGAUCAUUUGCAGUGUAAAGCCGAUAGCGUGGACCUUCCCAGAGAUCCUCUUCUCAACCCUGACUUGCUGAGAAAUCGGGAGCGGCAGCAGGCUAUUCUCAAAAGCCUUUCAGAACUUCGACAAGGGUUAAUGCAGAAACAAAGGGAGUUGGAAACGGCCAGUCCUACGCAUUGAGAUGAGCAAUCAUCAGGGUCUUCACAACAUUUGUGAAUAGUUACAAUUCAACACCUCCACGGCUGCUAAAUUAUAUUUAAAAGAAAAUUGUGUUAAUGGAUAAAAUAGUCUCAAAGCACUUUGAUACGGCAUCAGGUAGCUUGUUUAAAAUUAUUAUUAUAGGCUGCUAUGUUUCUUUUGGAAAUCUCCAAGCUCUCACUUUCAGAAACUCCUGCAAAUGGAUGGGAUAAUGUAUAUAAUGAGAAUGGUCAGGAUUUUGGCUUCUGUUAAUUCAAAGAACUUUUCACAACAAUUUUGAGCAUCUUCUGUUCAGAAGCACUUAAAGUACAAUAUUUUUUUACAGGAGAGGCAUUGAUCAUACUCCGGUUCUGAUAGGCUCAAUAGAACUUUAAGCAGCUUAAUGAAUUGGAUUUUUUGGGGAGGGAUGGAGGGAACUGGCAACUUUCAAGUGUGUUUAUUCCUUCCCACGAUCAGGAGCGAAUAGUGAAAGGGACUGAAGUCAUAUAUUUCUCCCUGUAAUACUGACAAGGUUGUCCAAACCUAGACUAUAAGCGUUGCAAUGUUGGAUCACGAUCUAAAUCUGCUGCGUUUGUGGUUUUAGUACACCAACACUUGUGUUACAGAGCUCAGGCUUCACUAAAGACAGGAUUACACCUGCGCAAAUCAGUUAUGUGAAAUUUGUCCCUUUGUGGAAAAAGGCUGCAAUUAGUUUACAUAAGUUAUUUCCCGAUGGAAUUUGUGGAUUGGAAAUAUGUUCAUCUUUUA